AGAAGAAGGAAGUGACAUUUUCAAGUGUCCUUGUGCUGCUGCGGUUUCCUGAUCACUGCGCUCAAAAGACGAACUUUUCACCAUGUUUAGGCACUUAAGGACGCUGCAGCAGAUCUCCAGGCGAACCAUAUCCAGUAGUGCACGCAGACAGCUGGAGAACAAAGUCCCUAACAAGCAGAAGUUGUUUCAGGAAGACAAUGACUUACCUGUUCAUCUGAAGGGGGGGCUUACAGAUGGCCUCUUGUACAGGCUAACAAUGGCCCUUACUAUCUUUGGCAGUGGUUAUGUGGUGUACACAUUGUUCGACGCAGCGAUGCCCAAGAAGAAGGAUUGAACAUGCCUCUCUAUUCAUGUGUCUGAGCUGUGGAGAUCUCCGGCCCUCAGAAAUAUGUCCUGUCAGUUAUUUUGAGUACAUUGGAUUCAUAUUUAUUGAUUGUUCUGUAAAGCGCAAUCAUUAUGUAAUAAAAUAUUCCACUGUUCUGA